GUACAAGUGGUAUCAGUAUCGAUGUGAAACAAGGACGUGCACCUUACAUAACGGUUCAUCUACUAAACAUUGCAGGCAUGAACGCAAAGGGAUUUACCUUCUCUUUCGCCUUUCGGGGAUAACAGCACAAGUAUGGAAUGUGAUUACUGCCCAUAUGUCAUAUGUGUAUCAAGUGGCUUGCUUGUGGUGAUAUUUGUGAUCGAAGUGUUCACGUGCAUCUACCGCACACGCCGUCACAGGUGGCUGGGCGGAAACAGUCGUCGUGUCAGUGCAUACGCGAACUCUGGUCGGGUAACACCGAUUUCUCGUGACGGUUCAAUGAGCUGCCUAUCCAGAGGAAAUCAAAACAGCCAAAGUCUAUGUUUAGAAGUGGUAAACGAACUCCAAGCAGUCAAUAACAACCCGUGUCCAAGUACCAGCGGCGUCAGUGACGACAAACGCCUCGGCACUGACGCUGUCGACGACACAGUGUAUGACUCCCUCAGUCGCCAACACGGCCAUCCCAAUAGAGAGUCAGCUACAGAGACCCGCGAGACAGACAUGAGGCGAUGUCUACAGCUCUUCCUCAGUACCAAGUGUCUGUUCAAGCAAUUUGAAGAUCUACCAAGAGCAGACUACACGCUGUGCAGUGAGGCGAAGAAGAGUGAUAACAUCUGCAAGAACAGAUACCGGGAUGUUCUACCGUAUGAUAGCAGUCGAGUUGUGUUAAAGGUGGUCGCCGAGAAUGUUUCCAGUGGAUACAUCAAUGCUAAUUACAUACAGGGGGUCGGCAGCCUGCAACAGUUCAUAGCCGCGCAAGGGCCGUUUCUGCGUGUGGUGCCAGACUUCUGGAGGAUGGUAUGGGAGACCCAUGCUCGACAGAUUGUCAUGCUUACGAACAUCAUUGAAGACGGAAAGAUGAAGUGUGUCAAGUAUUGGCCAGGCGAAUUCAAUGAAAACAAAACAUUUGAUGACAUCAUGGUGGAGUUUGUGCUUGAAGAAGUCAGCGACACUUAUGUAAAGAGGACGUUCAAUAUCACCAAGUCUGGAGAGGUGAAGAGGGAAAUAUACCAAUACCACUUCACCGCCUGGCCUGACUGUGAUUCCCCACGUGAUGUGACGUCAUUUCUCGACUUCCGGUCAGCGGUGCUCCGAGAUGCGUCAGCUGUACACGGACCAGUCAUCGUCCACUGCAGUGCUGGAAUCGGCCGAACUGGAACAUUCAUUGCUCUGCACUACCUCCUGUCCCAGGCAAAGGCUGACGAUAUUGUGGAUGUUUUCGGCUGUGUAUCUCACCUCCGAGAACAGCGGAUGGAGAUGGUCCAGACCGAGGAGCAGUAUGCCUUCCUGUUCGAGGCGCUGUAUGAAUAUACAACUGGAGCCUACAGUGCAUAUCGUGCAUACUCGGAGAUGAGCCUAAACCUGGGGCUUGACAUUGUAGCGACUUUUCUGUUUCCAGACACAUCUGUAGGAUCUGGAAUCCAUUCAUCCAACCUGGACUUAGAUGUAGCGGCCCAACUGUAAAUCUGAAAGCACUUUUAUGUACACAAAUCAUGCAAUGAUACAUGUAAAAUAAAAAUAAUAGAUGUUCA